AUGCGUUUUCUCUCGACCGUCUUGACGGCGGCUCUGGCCACCCAGGGCGUCGUCGCCAGCUCGUGGUUCUCCAAGGCCGCUUACAACAAGUGGCAUGAGACGGAGCUUGAGCGCUGGCUAUCCGACCACGACGUCCCGUACCCCACACCUGCGGACCGCAAGGAUCUCGAGAAGCUCAUCCAGGAUAACUGGGAGAACUACGCCGUCAAGCCCUACAACUCGUGGGACGCUGACAGCCUCCAAAGCUACCUCAAGGCCAAGGGCGUCGAGACUCAAAAGGGCGCCGAGGCCACCAAGGACUCCCUCAUCAACCAGGUCCAGUCCUCCUGGUACGAGACGGGCGACCAGGCCCAAACCGCCUGGACCAACGUCAAGGACUGGAUCUUCGACACCUGGACCGACAGCGAGCUGAAGGAAUUUGCCGACAAGCACGGCAUUCCUGAGUCUGACCUGAAGGAGUGGCUCGACACUCACGGUUUCCCCGCUCCCCAGCCCUCCAACCGUGACCGUCUCAUUGCCUCUGUCCGCCGCAACUCCCGUCUCGCCGGCCUCAAGCUCCAGGAUCAGGCCGCCAGUGCCACCGCCAGCGCCCAGAAGACCUACGCCACUCUGACUGACCAAAUCAUUGACGCCUGGAGCGAGUCUCAGCUCAAAGAGUUUGCCGACAAGAACGGCAUCAGCGUCCCCCAAGGUUCCAAGGUCAACGAGCUUCGCGCCCUGGUCCGCAAGAACCGUGCCGACUUCCUCAACGACAACAUCUCCGGAAAGGCCGCCAGCGCCUACGGUGCCGCCACGUCCAGCGCCGGCAACCAGUACGCUCAGGCUACCGACUCGGCUUCGGCUGCUGCUCAGGAGGCUUUUGGUGAGGCCGUUAACUUCUGGUCCGAGAGCCGUCUCAAGGGCUACCUCGACGCUCGCGGCAUUCCAGUUCCCCAGGGCUCCAAGACUGAUGAGCUCCGCGCUCUUGUCCGCAAGAACUCGCACAAGGCUGCCACUGGCUGGAGCGCCUGGACCUACGACGACUUCUCGCUUGACAACCUGAAGUCGUACCUCGCCAAGAACGGUGACGCUGCUUCCAAGAAACUCGCCGAGAAGAAGGACGUGACCCGUGACGAGCUCGUCAGCGCUGCGCAGUCUGGCUACGCCUCUGCUUCUGCUGCCGGCGGCGAUACGUACGCCUCCGUCACCAGCUACUUUGCCCAAGCUACCGGCUCUGCCAAGGGCACCGUCUUUGACACCUGGAGCGAGAGCGAGCUCAAGAGCUACCUCGACAGCUAUGGCAUCCCCGUUCCUCAGACUUCCACUGUUGACGAGCUUCGUGCCGCCGCCCGCAAGAACUACAACUACUUCAAGCACGGCACCUCGUCGCCUUCGGAGACCAUCUUCGCUAAGAUUGGAGACUCUGUCCGCGACACCUUUGCCUGGUUUGCCCAUCAGGUCGGCAUUGGCGCCGAUGCCGCCGAGAAGAAGGCUUUCGAGGCUGAGAAGAAGGCCAAGGCCGAGCUGUAA